UUGCAAAACGCCAGCAACCGCUACCAACCGCAAAAGCUGCGUUUGCGGGUGGUAGCGGGAAAACCAGUCAUACCCUAAGUCCACAGUAGCUGAAUUUAAAGAUGCUGCUAUAUAGGGCCUAAUAAGUAAUAACCACCCCGAUUGGUUAUUGCUGUAGUUCAAGAUUUUUUUUUAAGAACCUGAACGGUAGAUUUUUUUCUUGUGUUGUAGGUAUAGUAAUUUGAUUAUGAUUUUUUUAAAGAAAAUUAUAAUUUUAAAUAAUAGUUUUAUACUAUAGAUUAAAUAAGUUGUAAUUAUUCAAAAUAAAAAAUUGAUAAAUACUGAUCAAAUGUUAUUGAAUAAAUAAUUAUUUUAUAGUUACAAGUAAUUAUAUUUAAAAUAAAUACAACUCAUAGAAUAGGACAUGCAUCAAUAUAUUAGAUGUCCCAGAUCGGACAAAUCAAAUGUUUUUGGGCGAUAUAUAAUUGUAUGGGUAAACCUUUAUUCAUGAGCUAGCUUUUAGGUGUGAGUUAAACUCAUCACUAAUAUAGUAUCAGAAUCCAUGGUGAAAGCACGACAUAUGAUUUCCCACAAACAGUUUCCUACCUAUGUAGCCUAUACAAGUGGCCCAUAUUGUUGUGGUAUGUCUUAGAUGUUGGGCUUGGGCUGUUUCCACUGGACCAUUCCCACCCACAUCUCGAGAGGGGUUAUUAGAUGUCCCACAUCGGACAAUCAAAUGUUCUUGGGCAAUAUAUAAGUGUAUGGGUCAACCUCUACUCAUAAGCUAGAUUUUGGGUGGGAGUUAGGCUCCUCACUAAUACAAUAGCUGUGAAAUUUAUAUUCAUAUGCCGUAUAUUAUAUAAAGCUUAGUUCUUCAAAGUUGCUAAUUAACAUGAUCGCGACACAUGUCAAUUAUAUAUUUAGGAUUGUGACAUGUGUUAAUCUAUCUCAUAAUUAACAAAAUAUAUAAUAAGAUAUUAACAAAAACGAAUUUUAUUAAAAAGUAAUUAUAAAUAUUAUUUAAUAGCAAUUUUUCUUUUUUUAAAUCAUAAUCGAAAGAUAAUUGCAAAAGAUUAUUUGAUAAUAAUUUUCUUUCUAAUAUUGUGACAUGUGUUUAAAUAUAUAAUGAUUAAAAAUAUAUAUAAUAAGAUAAUAUUUUGAAAAAAUUACAUUUGUAUUUCACAUCUAUAUUUAGGUUUAAGCUUCCACAUAUUAUUUCUACAAAACACAAUAGUAUUUACAUGAAAAGUAUUAGCUGAGAUUUUCUUUUAAUUUCUUGAUGCAACUUAACUUUUUAUUAUCCUUAUUACAUCUUUUAAUUUCUUGAUACAACAUAAUUUUUAAUUGUUAUCGUACAUGAGUAUGUGUGAAUAUGAUGGAUAUGUGUUUGUAUGUAUAAGACAAAAUAAAUAAAUAAUCAAACCAAAAUUUUUUUCUAUUAAAAAUAAAAUAGUUGUAUAAAAAUCUAAAAAAAAUAAUUAUAAAAUAAUUAAUUUCUUUUUUAAAGUCUAAAUAAAAUAAAAAAUAGAAAAAAUCUUACUUUAUUUAUAAACUAACUUUAGUUUUAAUAAUUUUGUGUUCAAAAAUAAAAAUCAAAAUUAACUUCAAAUAUUUCACCUCAUAUGAUUGUGACAUGUGUCAAUUAGGAAAAUAGAUUGUGAAUGUGUAAAUAAAAUACUUCUUUUUUUUUCCUAAAAUCCUUUUAAAAAAAGAUUUCUAAAAACAAAUUUCUUUUCUAAUCUUAACCAAUCAAGAUUUUUUUUCUUUCAAAAAAAAAUCCUGACCAGAGAAAAUGUAAAAUUUUAUUUAAUAGUAUUUUUUACUUAAAAAUUUAAUGAUAAACAUGAUAGUAACAAUUCUUAAGAAAACUUUUAAAAAUAUUAGUGAUAUUGAAAACAACGAAUUUUGAAAAUACAACUUUUAAAAAUAGUUAAUAUUAACUGGAAAUAAUUAUUUGAUAGAAAUUUUAUUUUUCUAAAUCCUAGACAAAAUAUAAUUGUAAAAGAUUAUGUAAUAUAACUUCCUUUUUUAAAUCCUUUAAAACUGUUAGAGAAUAUUUGAUAGUUGUUUUCUUUUUUUUUUAAUAAAAAAAUCUUAAACAAAAGCCAUUUGUAUCAUAUUUUUAAAUCCUAACCAAAAGAGAAUUGUAAAAUUUUAUUUGAUAAUAUUUUUAAGAGAGUAUUUGAUGAUGAACAUGAUACUUAAAAGUAGUAAUUAACAAAAGAAGUGUAAAAUUAGUAUUAAUACGAAUAAUAGUUUUAAAAUUAUUUAUUAAUAACUAAAAUUACUAUUUCAUAGGAAUUUAUUUUUUUCUGAAAUUCUAAAGAGAAGAUAAUUAUAAUAGGUUAUAUGACACUAAUUUUUCUUUUCUAAAAUCUUAACCAAAAUGGUAAAAGAGUAUUUAAUAAUAUUUUUUAUUGUAAAUAAAAAGAAUAUUUAUAAGAUAUAAUGUUUUUAUUUUAAAUCCUAGCAAAAUAAAAUUUUAAAGACUUAUUUAAUAAAAUAUUAAAUUUUAGUACAUAAGAACAUGUAUAAUGUUGUCAUUGACUCGAUUGGUGUAUUUGAUUUUCAUUCUUUUUAUUACUUUUUCAUUCAAUUUUUUAUUUCGGGUUGUGCUUAGUUUAAACGUUUAGGUAUAGUAUUUUCUCUAAUCCUAAGUACAAAGUUUAUAACAAUUAAUCUAUGUAAAAUGAUUAUAAAAUAUAAAUAUUAACUUGAACUUAUGUGUGAAAAUCGUUUUUAUUAUAAAAUAAAUCUCAAACAACAUAUGUAAAAACAAUCAUAAAACUAUAAUAAAAUGAUUUAUUAUUUUAUAGUUUUUAUUAAAUUAAAAUAUCAAACAAAACCCGUCAUAUCUUGUUUUAUAUAAUCUUUACAGAGUAGUUGUAAUAUUCUAGUCAUAUAAAUAUAUCAUAUACUAGAGAGAAACGUAAAAACUCAUAAAGAAAAUAAUGCCAAAUACGUAGUAUAUUAGACAAUUUUGUUAUCCAAACUAUUUGUUGAAAAGAAUUGGUUAUGGCUCUGAAUUUUGGGAAGUAAAUCACAGUUUAAUUGGUUUCGCUUUAAUUUUGUAGAGAAAAUGAAACUUUGCACAUCAGUCACAACUUUCAGCAAUCAUCAAUAUAGUCAUGAAUACCUAUUUGACCAAGAAGAAUAUAUACAUCAACUCAAUAUGUCUAAUAUAGAAGAGCCAUAUAUUUAUAUUUCGAGAGAGCUAAGAGUGUAUCUGUAACCAACGCUGAGUGAUGUCAUAUUUGCAUAUCUACUAAUGGCAAUAUGGCAUCAUUGAUCAACUUCCUGGAAUUUCCGAUGUUGUAUACAUUAUUUCAAAGUUAGGUGAAAAGGACCAUUUUUAUAAAAUUAUGUGAGUUUGGCAGUGUCUUAAUCAUAGAUUGUAGCUAGUGCCUGUGUGAAGUGUCAACAGCCCACAUACCACGUUCAUAAAUCAUAACCACCUUAUUUUUAUAAUAUAAAACCAAGGUUAGGUUUCUUUAGACAACUUUAUUCGAGAAAAAUUGUGUAUAGAUCAUGUGCUUGAAAUUCAAAGUAUACAUUCAAGAUAACUUGAAUGAAUUAUUAUCCCAUACUUAUAUUAAAGACUUUAAAGUAGGCAUUCUCUUUAUUAAAACAAACAUUUUAACAAGACUAUAUGUUGAUUGUCUAACUACGUUUUUUUAAAAGAUUGUCUAACUACGUUGAUAUGCAAUAUAAUACACUUAAUUAUUUAACCACAUCAGUUCGCCCUAGAAAAACCUCCCAGGCCCGAGUCCCGAUGUACGCCGCUUGGAUGGAUCUCCUCUGCUCCUCCACCUCCGCCUAGCUCUCCACCACGUGAAGCAGCCCCCCCACCCCCCUUUCCUCGUGAUGAUGAUGGUGACUGCUCCUCUCUGUCCGCUGUUCAGGCCUCCUCCUGACCCACCACCGUACAAGUUCCUCCCGUUGGCUUCCCUCUCUCUCGUCACUCCACCGGAACCACCAGAUCCUCCGGAUGUACCCGCCGUCGUUGCUCUUCUUCGCUACCUCAACACCUCUUCCAGUCUCUUUCCUCUGGCAAUGACUCAAAACCCAGAUCUGGAUUUCCCAAGUUUGACGCCUGAGUCUCGAGGCUGUGACGUUCCCUUCUUGUUAUUGGGGGUUUCAUCAGUCGUCUUUGGCUGUAUCUUCUCCAUACCAUCUACUCAAGCUUUUACCCAGAUCUCAACUCUAAAGCCACCAUCUAGGAUGGCUACAAAGAAUGGUGGUGGUGGUGGUUCCCCUGUGUCCGCUAGUGACACUUCAUUACCCUACGGGUUUCUUUCUCCUGUGAUAUACAGUAUGCAGUUCUUGUACGGGUUCCAUGACGGAUGUUGGUGUUGGGCUUGUGUAUCUCUCUUCUCUGUGGCAGGUGGAAGAGAAGUUCAUUGUCCUCUUCAAGCCGUGGAAUAUGGAUGUGGCGGGUUAUGGUUUUCCGCUUGUUCCUCAGUUAAAUCAGUAUUCUUUCCUAAUAUUUCCUCCUAUAUGGAGUGAAUUGGAUGAACAUGUUUCGUUGGUAUUGCAAGGAUCUUCCUCCCAUCGAAUGCUCUCUGCGUAUGGUGCAGUGUGUGUGGCCCUACGGGUUACGCUAGAUGCGAUCUUUGAAGAAGCUUAUGACUUUGUUGUGAUACGAUUUCAUAUGAUUCUCUUUUAUGAUUUGUAUCGCCAUUUUAUCCCUUAUGUUAUUGUUGUUAUUUGUUUGGCUGUUAAUAGCCUCCUUGUAUCCUCCUCCUCUGUUGGAGCGUAAACAUAUUUAAGAUUAAUGCAAGUAUGGUUUGAUCAAAAAAAAAAAUACACUUAAUUAUUUAAAUACUAAAUAUAAAUCAUUCUAACUAUUAAAUGCCAAUUUUUGAAAUAUAAUAAUAGUAAGAAAUUAGCUAAAUGCUUGUAAGUUUGUAAUUGUAACAGUGAGUAUCGGAUCCUGAUUUUCCCAUUUCAAGAUCCAAGAAUAUUCACGAUAACCCCUAAGUUUUUUUAUUUUGCUUAAAACGAUAACCCCUAAGUUACGCAACAUUUUAGAAGGAUCUGCUUUAAUGUGCAUGAAACCCAUAUUUGACGUAAUACAUCAUCAAUAGAGUGAUAGACAGAAAAAAAAUCUACAAAUCUACAACUAUACUAAAAUAAUUCCAAUCCACAUGAUCUUUCUUUUUGAACUUUAUUAUUUGUUUUUCUGCCAAAGCUAGCUCUUUUAUUUGUUGUGGUGUAUUGUACAAAAAAAAAAAAGAUCCCGACCUAUUAUAAAGAAAAAAAAAUGGAGACACAUAUAUAUGGACAAUAAGACAGUGACACCGUAGCACAACGUCUACAAAUCAUUAACGAGUCAUAAUCCAUUCGAUCGAUUUAUUUUAAAAUUCUAUCGCCGUCCUGCUUUACCGACUACAAAAAAAAUCAUCGAAAAGUUUGAAGCAAAAGUUGAUAUGAUAG